UAAUCUAACUCCCAUGUAUCGACAUAUGUUAGCCAAAAGGUGUAAAGACGGAUUAACCAUCUAUGUUGCUAGUAAUAACAAGUUUGCCAUUCCAUUUAAUACAUUAAUUGAAUAAUAAAAUUAAAAAUAAAAAACAACAAAAACACACAUUAAUUAUCUUCCUCGUCACUUAUUACAGCAUUGUUAUCUUCUUUCUCCAAAACUAUUUCCUUUAGUUCGAGACAAAUUUGCAUCGUUCCGUCUUCAGCUGUUCCAAAAAUCCAGAAAACUGCCUUUGAUUUCCAAUAUCUAUAGGCGGUGUGUUUUGUGGUAACGUCAUCAAAACCCUUUUCGGAUACAGAACAAAAAAAAGUGUCAACAAGAAUUAGGAUGGCGCUUAUUGUGAAUCUUUUAUCUCUUCUGUUUUCUACCUUUAUAGUUCAUUCCAAUCAAAUUACAAUGUCUCUCAGGUCUUUCAAGAUAAGUGAAAAUAUAACAUAUGAUUGCAUCGAUAUUUAUAAGCAACCAGGGCUCAACCAUCACUUUCUCAAAACCCACAAAAUUCAGAUGAAACCAUCAGUUUCAAGACCUGAGUUUAAGAUGCAAACUGGCAAAAACGAAACAUCUAACAAAAAUAAAAUAGGAUGUCCAAAUGGAACUGUUCCUAUAUUGAGAAAUACAAAAAAAUUUGUCACUAACUCACAAAUAUUUGCUGAGAGUCAUUUUCAUCCGCUAUCAGCUGAUAGUCCUGGAACACAUAUUGCUGGAGUAAGGUCAAAUGGUGGUCCAUUUCGUGGUGUACAAGCUUCGCUUAGUGCAAAUGCGUUAAACGUGGGAAAUGAUCAAAUCUCAUAUAGUCAAAUAUAUAUAGGCAGUGGAUCAGGAAACCAAGUCAGUUAUAUCUCAGUGGGUUGGAUGAUAAAUCCAGGUUUAUUUGGCGACCAACGUGUUUGGACAUUUGGAUUUUGGAAGGGUAAAGAUGGGAAGGGAUGUUACAAUACCGCAUGUUCAGGGUUUGUUCAAGUAUCAAAGAAGAUUCCAAUUGUCGAACCCAAUGUUCUUAAGCCAGGGGUCCCUGGCUGGUUUCACUUAUCCAUUCACCAGGAUAGAAAUACAGGAAAUUGGUGGAUUACACAAAUUAUGAAAGAUGCACCUAAUGAAGAUAUCGGUUAUUGGCCAAAAGAAUUAUUUAACCUUUUAGACAAUGGUGCAAAUAUGGUUGGAGCUGGUGGUGUUGUUCAGGCUUCGCGUUCUGGUUCAAGCCCGCCCAUGGGUAAUGGUCAAUUUCCGAAUGGAGGCCGCUUGGAUUCAGGAAUUUUCACAAAUAUUGAAGUCUUAAAUUCCAACUAUGAGCAACGUAAAAUGAAUUCUUUUCCUAUAGAUAAUCUGGUAGAUAGUGAGAAAUGUUAUGGGCUAAGAAUUGGUACGGUAAAACGAUUCUAUCGUACUCAUCUUGGUUUCUUUUUCAACUAUGGUGGUCCGGGAGGAAAUUCAUGUGGAGUUUGACAUUUUCCAUAACACUCUUUAAACUUGGGAUUUGAUAAAAAAUAUUAAACUAAUAAAAUGCAAACUAUUAUAAGA